UAUGUAUAUGUAUAGUAUAUAUGGUUUCCAUCUCUUCCAUAUUCUGAGGAAUUGAGUGAGUGAGUGAUGAAGGACAAGAACUCAAGAAAAAGGCUGAGAGGCUUCAUGUGCCAGUCGACGGCAGUGUGCAUGGCGGCCGAUCCUCGCUCGUCGGUAAAACUGCCGGCCAAUCCCACCCACUCCUCUCCCGACUUACCACUCACACUAGAUUCACACAAUCACUUCCAGGUUGUUGUCAUGCGGGUCUCCCUUCAUUGCCAAGGUUGCGCUGGUAAGGUCAAGAAACAUCUUUCUAAAAUGGAAGGAGUAACAUCAUUCAGUAUAGAUUUGGAGAAGAAGAUGGUGACUGUGAUGGGACAUGUGUCACCGGUGGGUGUCCUGGAAAGCCUCUCCAAAGUGAAGAAGGCUGAGUUUUGGCCGAUUUGACAUUAACCCACUACGCUUUGAUUCUUUCUUUCUCGUUUGCUAGGUCAAUAAAUAUGAAUAUGACUUCAAAUGGGUAUUAUUUAUUGCGCUAAGUAUCUUUCUAAUUAAUCUCAAUCUUUAAAUUUAUUCAAAGAAAAACUUAAAUAUUACUUUGACGAAUUGGGUUAUAUUAUUAAGAAUUUUACUUA